AAGAAAGUGAAGGCCUGCUACUGUGAACUAUCUCGUCUAUGACUUUCAGUAGUGACUCUCACAAAUCUGCUUGUAUUGUUGUAGUAUAUUUUUCAAAGAAAUCCCACGAAAAUUUGCAUUUAUUUUGAUAAAUUUUCUGAGAUUAAACUACAGGAGUGAAGUAAGAAGCGGUUUGUUAGGGUGGUGGCGAAGCUGCUUCCUGCCGGUUGCCGGAGCUUCUGCAGUCAAAUUCUUCAAACAGAGCUGAUUACGGUGCUCAUCAGCAACAGGUGCAUGAUAUACUGGGAAUUUUUGCGUAUUCACAAGAUCACCCACUAUUGCCAGAGGUUUCACUUUCGCUCAAAUUCAACAGGUCACCUGUUCCCAGAGAAUUCAUUCUCUCCAAAGUAGAAGUCUGAUACCAGAGGGAAAAGAAGAUACAAUAAUGGAGAUUCCCUGCAGCAGUAACACCAGUUUCUUUGAUUUUGCUUUAGUUGACUAUCUGCGGUCGCAUCACAUGUCCUCCAGCACUGGCACUAGUUGCUUUGAUCUUGCUUUAGAUUUUCUAUGCAAGCUUGAGAAGUCCGUCGAUUUCCGGCUCUUCGAUAUCACGGAUCUGAAGGAAAACAUAAGAUUCUUGAAAACCUUUUUUCUGUAUGUCAAGAAGUGUAGGAGGAUAAGGAACCGUGAAGCACUUUUGGAGCAUGAUCAGGAGGGCAUGGGUAAAAGGAUUUUGGAGUAUGAUCAGGAGGACAAGGGUAAAGCACUUUUAGAGCAUGAUCAGGAAGACACGGGCAAUAUUUUGUCUGAAAGUUUGUCACAUAGUACUAUUUGCUUCAGAAUUCAAGAUAUGGUUAUUAAGAUGGUUCAUGAUCUUCAGUCUGCUUAUCUUUUAUACGAAGGUUCUGAUGAGUCAGAUAGAAAGCAAAUAGUAUUAGUUGCAACAUCCAGAUCCUCGGAAAAUAUUUGGUCAUUUCUUAAGACAGAUAUCAUGCACCAUCUUCUUUGACUAUCCCUUUUGGAGGCUCUACGGCAUCCUUUAAUUGAGUUAGGGGAUACUAUAAGACACGAGCUAAAGCUUUUAAGGAGUCUCAUUCGCUUUGCAAUAAUGCGAGGUGUUGAGUGUAUGCAAUUGGCAGAUCUCUUGACUCACGCUGCAGUUGUGGUUGAAUGCGCGAUUUUUGAAUGUUGCUUUGACAGUGAUGAAGAACAAGUGCCCAGUCAAACGGACUAUGAAAUUUAUGACCUGAUGGAUGAGAAUAUAGAUCCUCUUGGUCCCCAAGUCCGAGAAACUUGCAUGCAUGUCCUGAUAGCUUCAAAGAAACAAUCGAGUGCUAGUCGAACUUAUUGAUUCUCUCCUAGAUUAUCUUACGGAUCUUCUAGGAUAUUGUGCUAGUUUUCAGGUUCUGGUAAAGGAUCAAAUGCUAAAACUCCAUCAAGGAGUAAAAUACUUGAGUAUCCUUCUUGAACAGGAGAAGAAACUAGGCGAUGAAAUUAAGGAUCUUAUUGGAGUUGUGGUCCAUGAUGCAGGAACUCUGAUCUUCUCCCUUUCUGUCAACGAAAUCAAAGAAGGCUUUUCCAAGGAAACAGAUCUUGUGUUGUUUCAUUUGUACAAAGUUCUCAAGUAUAUGAUGGCAGAGCUUGCGCACAAUUAUCCACUAACAUCGCCACAUUCAUCAUUUAAUUAUCCUAGAUCCAAUGAGUUGGGCUGUAUGGAUUUUUUCCUAAAAAAUCUCAAGGAACUAGCAAGGUGUGAUGAGGCUAAUGAUUCAAUUGUUUUUCUACAGGAUAGAAUCCAAAGGAUCGAAAAAGAUCUUGAAUUCUUGAGACAUGUCCUGGUGAAUAUCAAGGAGCAGCGCUAUCAGAAUGGAAAGCUCCAAGCUUUUUGGAGUCAUGUUAUGGAGGCUGCAUACAAGGCUGAGUUAUUGAUUGACUCAACACUAGUUAGUGAUAAAUGUGAAGAUUCUUUGGAUGCUGUUGCUAGAGAUAUCAAUCUUCUGAAGAUUGAGGCUUUGGAGAUCCAAAAUGGUCAAAUCCAGGGAGUUAACAAGACGUCCAUUCACAUACCAUCACAACUUAUUGCCACCAUUCACAAUGAAGAUCUGGUGGGUCUCGAUGACAAGGUGAAAUCUAUCAUUGAUCGACUUAGGAGUGGAUCAAAGCAGUUGGAUUUUGUUCCCAUUGUAGGUAUGCCUGGGAUUGGUAAGACCACAUUAGCCAAUAAAGUUUAUGUUGCUGAUUCAGUUACGUCACAUUUUCAUGUGUGUGGCUGGUGUUAUGUCUCUCAAAUGUAUAGCAUGCGUAGUUUAUUAGUUCAGCUUUUGUGUAGUAUUUCUUCUGAGAGUCCUGAAAAAUAUCAUAAGAAGGAUGAAGAUGAUUUGGCCAAGGAGCUAAAGCAAGUUUUGCUGAGAAAUAGGUAUCUCCUUGUUUUGGACGACUUGUGGGACAUUGAGGCAUGGAAUUUGUUGGUAAAAUCAUUGCCAAAUGAUGUCAAUGGAAGCAGGAUUCUCUUCACCAGCAGAUUGCAGAAUUUGUCUUCAAAAUUCAAACCUAAUAUUGAGCCUUACUAUCUCCGCCAACUUACGGAUGAAGAGAGUUGGACAUUGCUGCAGAAAAAGCUAUCUGACGAAGGAGGUUGUCCUCCAACAUUAAGUGAAGUUGGAUCUCAAAUAGCAAAAACUUGUAGGGGGUUACCCCUUACAAUUGUCCUUGUUGCUGGAAUUCUUGCUACCACUGCACAAGAUAGCUGGGAAGAAGUUGCAAAAAGUCUUAGUUCUACUGUCCUUGACAAUGAAUAUUGCAUGAAGACGCUUGAGUUGAGUUAUUAUCACUUACCAGAUUAUUUGAAGCCAUGCCUUCUAUACUUUGGUGCAUUUCGAGAAGAUGAGGUCAUUCAUGUCCGAAGGUUGUUAUGGCUUUGGAUCUCUAAAGGAUUCGUGCAACAGACUGAAGAAAAGAGCUUGGAGGAAGCAGCUUACAACUACUUGAUGGCUCUAAUUAAUCGAAGUUUAGUUAUGGUUACCGACCAAAGAACUACGAGUGGUGCCAAAGCCUGCCAACUUCAUGAUUUGGUACACGAGUUUUGUGUGGAAAAAGCCAAAGAAGAAAGUUUUCUACGUAUUAUUCAAAGUUGGGAAGACCCUUUUAGUCUUGCUGAACCAAGCAGCCACCACCGAGUUUGUGUUCAAAGUAGCUGGGAAUUGAAGACUUGGGAGUUAGUGAUAGUUUUUCCCAAUUUACGCUGUUUGCUGUUGUUUGGAUAUGAUGCUUUUGACUGUGAAGAGAAGCCUUCGAGGAUUUUGUUACCUAAGCUUCUUAGAGUGUUGGAUUUGGGGGAUUGGGGCUCUGGUGAAUCAUUUCCAAUGGAAGUUUUAUUGCUUGUUCACUUGAGAUACCUGGCUCUCUGUGGAAUAACAUCAAUCACAUCUGCAAUAGCCAACCUCUCAAGGUUAGAAACUCUCAUCAUAAAGCAUCCAGAGAGUAAUAUUGUGCUGCCAAAUACUAUUUGGAACAUUAGGACAUUGAGUUAUCUACGUACUAUAUAUUGGAAAAGAGGUUUUGUUUUUGCAGUUGGAAAUCUUGAAGUAGCCCCAGAUUUAGAUCAUUUGGACACGUUAAACCUUGCAAUUGAUCCCUUGUCUCAAAACUUGCAAAAGUUACUGAAAAAAUUACCAAGCAUCCGCAGGCUAAAAUGUAUGAGAGAUGACGAAUCAAUCGAUGACGAAUCAAGAGAAGCUACCAGAAAUUGUGAUGAGAUUCUUGUGUUUGACUGUUUGAGUCAACUAGAGUCACUUCAUUUGAUUGGUUUUCAGGGAUAUGGGUUUAAAUUCCCGUUGAAUUUGAAGAAGUUGACUCUCUCAAAGAAUGGUCAGCCAUGGAGUGAAAUUUCGACAAUUGGAAAGUUGCCUAAUCUUGAAGUGCUUAAAUUACACGAUUCCUCCUUUAUUGGGGAAGAAUGGGUAAUGAGAGAAGGGGAGUUCCCUAACCUCCGAGUCUUGGAAUUAUUAUGGUUGGACAUUGGCAGCUGGACUGCAUCUUCUGAUAAUUUUUUCCGUCUUGAGAAAUUGGCUGUGCACCAGUGUAGGAAGCUAGAAGAGGUCCCUUCUUGUUUAGGGGAAUGUGAGACUCUUGAAAUGAUUGAGGUGAAAUGGUGCCGUGAGUCUGUUGCGGAUUCUGUAAAGCAAAUUCAGCAAGAACAGAUGGAUAUGGGAAAUAAGGAUCUAAAGACCAUAAUUGAAGAUUGUUAUGAUGAUACACCCAUUCUCUCCAAAGAAUGGGUCUAAAGAUCGUAAUUGAUUUUUCAUCUCUUUAUAUGUUUAAUCAGUUCAAUGCUAUAGUAAUUCAUUUAUAUCUCAAAGCAAUUUCUGGAGGCUUCCAAAUUCUUCUGUUUGGACCUAAUGCUGCUAUGUAACUUUCCUAUUGCAGUGGCAAACACAGUCAUGCAUUAGCUAGCACAGUCUGUUUCAAUGUUGAAUAAUGUUCAUUUAUGUAUUUAUAAUCCCAAUUUGU